AUGCGAACGAUGCGUAGCGCAGGGCAGGCAGGGUCGACGGCUGCGGGUGCUGGAGAUGGUGUUUUCGGACAUUUCGUUGGCUUGGUUUUUGUAUUAUGUAGGUGUUGGUGCGUCGAUGCAGGUGUAGAAGUAGAUCUAUAUGAUUUUUCCUCCUUGGUGGUGUUAGCGGGACGUUUCGACGGUGAUUAUGUUAGGAGUUCCGGGUGUUUUUUGUUUGGGGGGUUUUCAUCAUGGCUUUUUGUUGCGCGUUUCUACGUUUUUGACGAUCUGCGAUCUACGUUUGGCGUAUUAUCCGAUUGUUUCGUUUUUGAUUAUUGCUAUCUGAUCGUUGUUUUGCUAUUGGCUUUUAUUUGUUUGUUUUUGGCUGAUUUGUUGUUUUUGUCGUUGGAGGGUUUGUUUUUCUGCCUUGCUUCUGCCUUGCUUCUGCCUUACUUUUCCUUUCUGUCGUCUUGUACAUCCGAUAACGGGACAUCUACAUGGCUCAUCGCGGAACGUCAUAAGCACAUACCUUCCUCUCACCCUCACCAUCCCCGUCCCUCUUCGCCUUCCCUCGCAGCAAAGUAAAGUAAGGCGAAGAAGCAAACUAAUGCAGGGCAGGACAAAGCAAACCAUCCUAAAUCCAGGCAAACCAUUCCCAACCCAAAAGCAAGGCAAUCAAUCAAGCAGUCAAGCGCGCACAGUACGACAGCAAACAUCGACGAGCAAGCAAAGCGCGUAGUAUAAAAAGAACGACGUGCAGGAGGCUAAGAUAGGUUCAGCCUGAGGUUGGCUGCAGCGUUGCUUACUACGGUACAGUACAGUGGGUAAUUAGCACGUAAGGGGAGGAGGUAAUUAGGUGGCAUCCAUGUUGUGCUGCGGCGCGGGGAUGGACUGGGCUGGGAUCGGCUCGACUGGAUAGGUGGGCUAAGG